CGAUGUACCAGGUAAAGCCUUAUCACGGGCGCGGCGCGCCUCUCCAUGUGGAGCUUCCCACCUGCAUGUACCGGCUCUCUAACGUGCAAGGCAGGAGCGGCGGCCCAGCGCCCGGCGUUGGCCACCUACGGACAGAGUUUCACUGUGUCACCCAGGCUGGAGUGCAGUGGUGUGAUCUCGGCUCACUGCAACCUCUGCCUCCCGGGUUCAAGCAGUUCUCCCAUCUCAGCCUCCUGAGUAGCUUGGAUUACAGGUGCACGCCACCACACCCAACUAAUUUUUGUAUUUUUAGCAGAGACGGGGUUUCACCAUUUUGGCCAGGAUGGUCUUGAUCUCUUGACCUCAUGAUCCACCCUCCUCGGCCUUCCAAAGUGCUGGGAUUACAGUCUUUGGUAGAUGAGUGGCUGGAUAGCUACAAGCAAGACCAGGAUGCAGGAUUUCUGGAGCUUGUUAACUUUUUCGUCUGAUCUUGUGGAUGUAAAGGACUCGGGGGACUAUCCUCUGACAGCUCCAGGUCUAUCCUGGAAGAAGUUCCAGGGCAGCUUCUGUGAGUUUGUGGGGACAUUGGUCUGUCGGUGCCAGUACAGCCUCCUCCAUGAUGACUUCCCUGUGGACAACCUCAUCUCCCUGCUCACUGGCCUCUCAGACUCACAAGUCCGCGCCUUCUGUCACACUAGCACCCUGGCUGCUAUGAAACUGAUGACCUCCCUGGUAAGAGUUGCCCUCCAACUGAGUCUGCACCAAGAUAGCAAUCAGCGUCAGUAUGAGGCUGAAAGAAACAAGGGGCCAGGGCAGAGGGCACCUGAGCGGCUGGAGAGCCUGUUGGAGAAACACAAAGAGAGAAUGCACACAAGAAAUUGGAAACAGCUCUUCCCUCAGGAGAACAAACCAACGUGGCUGCGAGACAGGAGAGAAACAUGAAAUUCUAACAGCUUACUCUUUUGUACCUUUGGAAUUUUGUAAAUGUGCAUUCCUCAUUUGAAUAAAUAGACAUCUUUUUUUUUUUUUUUUUUUUUGAGACAGAGUUUCCCUUUUGUUGCCCAGGCUGGAGUACAGUGGUGUGAUCUCAACUCACUGCAACCUCCGCCUUCUGGGUUCAAGCGAUUCUCCUGCCACAGCCUCCUGAGUACCUGGGAUUACAGGUGCCUGCCACCAUGCCUGGCUAAUUUUUGCAUUUUUAGUAGAGAUAGGGUUUCCCCAUGUUGGCCAGGCUGGUCUUGAACUCCUGACCUCAGGUGAUCCACCCCCUUGGCCUCCCAAAGUGCUGGGAUUACAGGCAUGAGCCACUGCACCCAGCCAGUAUUUUAUAUUUUUUUGAGACAGGGUCUUGCUCUGUCACCCAGGCUGAAGUGCAGUGGUGCAAUCACAGCUCACUGCAACCUCCCCCUCCCGGGUUCAAGCGAUUCUCCUGCCUCAGACUCCCAAGUAGCUGGGAUUACAGGUGUGUGCCACCAUGCCCCGCUGAUUUUUGUAUUUUUAGUAGAGAUGGCGUUUCACCAUGUUAGCCAGGCUCGUCUCAAUUUCCUGACCUCAGGUGAUCUACCUGCUGCCUUCCAAAGUGCUGGGAUUAUAGGCAUGAGCCACUGGCUUCGGCCAGGAAAUACUAUUGGAACCCUGCUACUGAAAGUGUGGCCCAUGGACCAGGAGCUUGGGCAUUAUCGGGAGCUUGUUAGAAAUUCAGAACCUUGGGCCCUAUAGCCCAGACUCCACCUUUUUUUUUUUUUUUUUUAAGAAGGAGUCCUACCCUGUAGCGCAGGCUUGAGUGCAGUGGCACGAUCUCGGCUCACUGCAACCUCUGCCUCUUGGGUUCAAGUGAUUCUCCUGUCUCAGCCUCCCAAGUAGCUGGGACUACAGGCAUGAGCCACCGCGCCUGGCUAAUUUUUGUAUUUGUAGUAGAGACAAGGUCUCAUGUUGGCCAGCUUGGUCUCGAACUCCUGACCUCAAGUGACUUGCCUGCCUCAGCCUCCCAAAGUGCUGGGAUUACAGGUGUGAGCCAUGGUGCCCAGCCCAGAUGCCACAAUUUAAAAGGCUUACUUUCCUGGGUCAAGCUGCCUUUUUUGGGGGUCAUUAGGGAAGGAAUGGAUGUGUGCUCUACGGGUUCUUAUAAUAGCAAUCAACCUUCAUAAUCAGACUCAUUCCUUAAUUUUGCUUACUUUUUCAUGCAGCUGCAUUAAUACUACAUUGUCAAAGACAAAGACGAACAUGAGACAUGAGAUAUGAGUUUUAAAAGGAGAGAAGAGCAAAAAAACAAUACAGCUAUCCAAGGAGCAAGUGCUGAGCUUGUGAAAAAACAGCUUCUAUUUUAUUAAAUAAUAGUGUUCCUGCAGGGAUGUCUGAAGUACUCUGCAAGGCUAAUUAGGACAGAUCAAUGUACACUUAACCUCUCCAGAAGGCUGAAAGAUACAGACUGAAAUGUUACCAGAUAAAAUGAUGUCAUGUCUGGGAUUCACUUCAAAAUAAUUUGAGGUGGAAGUGGAAAGUGGAAACAACAAUUAUGAAACAACCUGGCCCAUGAGAUGAUAGCUGUCGAAGGUAGGUAUGGUUAUACAAAAUUUCAUUACACUUUUCCCUCUACUUUUCUAAUAUAUUCUGAAUUUUCAUAACAAAAAGUUAAAUACACUUAAAAGUAGACAAAUACAUACUAAUUUGAGGUGGUGGUUAAGGACUCAGAAGUUACAGUCCAUGUGUCUGAAUGAAAGUACUUUCUCAAACAUGCAGAUAUCAGAGAUUUGUAGGAUUCCUUCAAUGGAGACCCAUGUUUUCUCCACACAGAACACUGGUUUCUGAGCAAAAGUAGGCCCUCUUUCUGAAAACAGAUCUGACAAUAUGAAAGUGGUUGGCUACUUAACUGAAGAUACCAAAAGGAAAAAAAAAAAGGACACCAAAAAACUGGGUCUACAAAUGUGGUUGUUGGUUCUCCUUGUUUUUUUUUUCAAAUAAGGCUCGGUUUAGGAGCAGUCUAAUAGAGUAUGUGACUGCUAUACUUCCAACAGUAUCUUUGCAAAUAAAUACAACCCAUACAAUUCAAUUGUCCAUCCCACUUUUCCUGUUUGUUUAUUGCUCUUCAACAGCAGUUUCACCUCAUGCUUUUUAAUUUUUUCAUCCUGAGGCAAGGAAGAAGGAUCUUUAGAGUUGUUAAAAAAGUUUCCUGAAGUCAAGUAAUUCAUUAGAAAGUAUGUUUUAUCCAGAAUCCUAUUGUUUCACUGCAGAAGGAACACUCAGUAGCUUGUCCAAGGUUAUGCCAAAGGAAGUCUCCUCUCUCUCGCUUAUCUGAAUCCUAUCCUUCCAAAAGAACAUUCCCAGGUCCAAUAAAUGGAGUUCCUAAAAGGACGGAUGUCUCCCACUUAAAAAAAUAUUUCCCAGAGUCUCUAGGUUCAAUGUCCUACAAAUAAUCAGCAUUCAAGAUAUGAAUUUACUAACUUUUAAAAUCUAUACAAAUUUAAAAUUUUCAAUAUUAUUUUAUACGCAAUUAUCCUAUCUAUGAUAUCACUGUCUAGCAUUAUUAUAAAAGUAUCAUCACAAAUCCUAAUGAUCAUUUCCACUAAACGCCUGAAAAGGUCAUGGGAGAUUUAAAUUCUGAUGUGUGCUUUGGAAGUAGAAUCAGCUUUUGGAGAAACAAGGCUAGGGAGCACUUUUUGAGGCCGAUUACAUUUUUGGAAUUAUUUGCCAAGUUGUAUUGCCAAGUUGCAUUGCAGAACUUGUAAGAAAACUUUUUCCUUUUUUUAUUUUUAUUUUAUUUAUUUAUUUAUUUAUUUUUUGAGAUGGAGUUUCACUCUUGUUGCCCAGGCUGGAGUGCAAUGGUGUGGUCUCAGCUCACUGGAACCUCCACCUCCCGGGUUCAAGUGAUUCUCUUGCCUCAGCCUCCCAAGUAGCUAGGAUUACAGGUGCCUGCCACCACGCCCGGCUAAUUUUGUAUUUUUAGUAGAGACAGGGUUUCACCAUGUUGGUCAGGCUGGUCUUGAAUCCUGACCUCAGAUGAUCCACUCACCUUGGCCUCCCAAAGUUCUGGGAUUACAGUCAUGAGCCACAACACCCAGCCAAUUAUAACUAAACUUUUAAAAAUAUUUGUCCCCAUAGUUAGAAUUUUCAUUAGUGUAUUUAUCUUUUUCAUGUAGUCUUGUUUACAAAGGCCAUUUUAAAAGUUGCUGUCCCAGGCUUAUAAAGUAAUUUUAUAAUGUCUUCCUAUCGACCAUAUGAAAAGCAUUCAUCUCUGAGAAAGUAUCAUAAAGAAAUUCUACUGUAAUAUAAUUCAAAUAUUAAAGUAAACAUAAAAAAUUAUAUUGUAUGACAGAAUACCAAAAGAAAUAGAAAAUCUCUGCAAGAGGGUAUUUAAUUUCUGAUGAAAACAAAAUAGUACUCUUUACAAUUUGGCCUAUCACAUGACAAUAUUUCUCAAAAUCCUGCUAAAUUAAUGUUGGAGCACACUUCUUCAGGCAUUAAUGAUUUCAGUAAUGGUCAAUGGUAGUUGAUACAGAUAAGAAAUAACUGAUAGUGAUAUCAAAUCUAUACAUAUUUGACUCUCCCCACAUUUCUAAGUGAUCUAGACCAGAGCUAGGUUGUUUAUAUAGUAGCCACUAGUUACAUGUGGGCUAUUUAUAUUUAAAUUAAUUAAAUGUAAAUAAAAUUCAAAAUUAAGUUUCUCUGUUGCACUAGCCAUGUUUCAAGUACUCAAUAGCCACAUAUGGCUAGUGAGUACCAUAUUGGAUGGUGCAGCUAUGGAACAUGUCCAUUAUCACAGAAAGUUCUACUAAACAAGGUUGGUCUACAUUAAAGAGGUGACUACUGAUGAAUGGAAAAUCUCAAAUAUAUACAUAAAUGUGUGUGUGUGUGUAUAUAUAUAUAUACAUAUACACAUUUAUUUCUAUAGCAAUUUUCCUUUUGUUAUAGGAGGUUUCAUUAAAUAUGUCAAAUUUAAAUUUUUUUUCUGGAAAAAUUUAUAUUUUAAUGUAAACAGUUAAAAUUGUGCCAUGAGCAUUGUACUAUAGAUUUUCAUUUCCCUUGUAUUACAAGGAGAAUGAAUUCAAAAGAUUCCAUUUUCUCAAAAUAGUGAAUUAUAACAUUACCUGGUCUUCCCCUUCAAUUAGCAUUUUCUUUCUUUAUAAACAUCUAUUCUAAGCCCUCUCUGCUUCCAAUUUUACUCAGCCAAAGCCCACUUUUAUUAUGCAGCAAGGAAAUCCCACUUCUGGCCUCAAACUCCACUUUCAGUGGAGUUUGGUAGCACUUCCGGUCUCAAACUCCACACUUGUGAAGUUUGUGAGUUACAUAAAAAAUUAAAUUCCUAGCCAGGUCUUCCUAUUGGGUGAGGAGGCCCUUCCAAAGUUCCAGCGAAUUCCUUAGUCUGACAACUUUUCUCAAUUCAGAAAGAUGUGUUUGGUAACAUAUAUUAAAAGGCAGAAAUAUGCAAAUGCAUAAACAAUAGAAUUUGACAUAAUUAUGUGAUAAAGUGAAAUGCUCCUGCAGUUAGUUAUUGAACAUGAAGGACCUCUCUAAUUCUUCAGAGAAACUGUGAGAUAAUCUCUACCAUUUAUGCUUAGCAAGGAGCCAUGCUGCAGAGGAAAAGUAGAAAUACACACGAGUGACAAAAGCAAAAAUAUAUAUAUAUGAAAAACUCUGAAACCACCCUCAAUGAAAAGUAAUAUGUCUGUAUUUAAAGAGUAGGUAAAUCAUAUAGUGAAUUUAGAAGGUAAAAAAUGAGGUCUAUAAUUACAUGAGUAUAUAGAAAAUGUUAAGUGUUUUCGUGAAAAGCUAUAUAAACAAUAAUGAAUAAUCAUUUCACAUUGAAAAUAAUUUAAUUUUAAAAGGAGAUAGUACAAAUAACAAAAAAAAAAGUCGAAGUAUGGAAAUAGUAGAAAUUUCAAAUAUUUUAGGAAUGUCUUUCUCCAGAGUAGCAUGUUGUUUAGAAACUAAAUUUCCACAGUAGAUUUCAUAGCUCCUGAACAUGAAUUAAAACUUUGAUAUUAGCUGCAGAAAUGUACAUUAGUUUGUGGGGAGGGGAUAAAGAAAAUAAUGUGCCAACCUCCCAACAAUUUCCCCAAACAGAUUUUUGCAUCUUGGUCAUUACACUUACUUUCAAGAUUCUUUUCUUGGUUUAAACAUGUAAUCUUGUCUCUUUGCUCACCUGCUCACUCUUCAAGCAAGCCUACGGCCAAAUAAAUUGCCAUACAUGUUUACCAAUAAACCAUUAUUUUCCAAGGAAUUUUUUCUUAAUUUUUAAAAUUUAACAAGUUUAACUACAAUUAAUAAAGUACUCCCGGCACAAGGACUCUGAAACAUUGUUUGGGUCUUGGAAAAGUUUGAAACUUCCAAUUCAUUAGGACUUUGAGUAACUAUUUUGUACCUAAGAAUGAGAAUUGAUGGAGAGAGUGGUACUAAGCACAUAAUUUUAUGAAAUAUGAUGAAAACAUGAGAGUUUUGUUAUGACGCACAUAACAAUAAAGAACCUGUUUCUUUUUAGCAGGCUCCUAAAAAGUACCUCCCUUACAAUUAUUAAAUAAAAACACUCACUUAUUCAGUACUCAGCUAGCUUUUAAGAUCUGAAUAACAGAAGUACACAGUGAGAGAGGUACUUACAUGGUUUCCUUGGAUACUGGAUGAUGCCAUUCAGGUCUAUGUUUUUAUCUGAAAGUGGUGCCCUGUGGAGAAACGAGGCUUGGUGAGUGGCUGUUUAUACAUAGUAAGUAAAUAGGAACUUUGUUUAUUUUACAAAGCAUUUUUUAUUUUGACCCAGCUUUCCUUUUCUCAUCACACCCAACUCCUGUAAACAGCAAUAAUAUGGUAGAACAGGUACUCUGUACAACUCUUUUUAACUCCACUUAAGAAAUCAUAAUUAUUAAGGCAGAAGCUCAGAAUGCUUUGGCUAAGGAUGUUACUCCUUGGGCUGCUUUAUAUAUCUUGACUAUUUUAUUUAUGUCAGACAUAUUAAUGAAUAUUGCCUGCCUCUCUAUUUUCCUCAAAAGGAAUAUUGCUCAAACCACUAAUAAAGAAAUUAGUCUAAAACAUUCACAUAAAUGAUAAAUGUCCUUACCUUAACCAAAAGAUAAGAGAACUCAAGCUUUAGCCAGUUUCUAAACAUGAAGGGUUUCCAUAGACCUUAGCUGCCAUUUUACAUGUUCCAGUGGCAUCCUAGAUUCCCAAUAGUUUUAGUGCUAUGAGCAUACAAUUUUGACAUUCAGUCCCUCAGAACUACACACAUUCUAAUUUUGGUAGUAUGAAUAAUCUCUCCUAUGUGAUAAGUUAUUUAACCUUCUAAUAUUUCUUAGAAUCGAAAAGAACAAAUGAGCUGCAGCAAAGAAUGGCAAAUAACUUUUAUGCUUAACACAAUUUAAUAACCUGAAAUGAAGUAAGUAUGUGCUAUGUUUCCAUUAAAAAGUUUCCAGCCACAAUUAAUUGAACGAAAACUUGUCUUGUUCCAAGAUUAUUCUUGGAAAUGUAAUUUUAAAAUCUGCUUGAAAUGACGAAACUUACUUUUUUAUACCAUAUGAAAGCAAUUUCAUUUUUUAGGAAUGAUUUUUGGAUAGACUUCCGAUUGGAUAUUUUCCAUCGGAACUAGCAGCAUAGGGGGUCGGGAGGGGGGAGGGGAGGGAAGCAAUUCUGUGUUCUUUUGCCAGCACUGACAAAGGUCUGGUUGUCAGUGAUACCUUUACAGCUAAAUUUACUCCAGAGUGACAGAAACAGGUGCACCUCGGCCUGCCAGACACUUGUGCAGAGAGAUCACGCAUCUCACGGCUUGACGAUCAAGGGGGCAAAGCCUCGGUCUUCAUAGAAAAGGAGAGGAGGCAAACGCAGCCCAAACUGGGGGUUUCUCUUCAAAGCCAGCUGGUCUGGCUUUAUUCUACAGGAAUUUUUUUUACCUGUCAGGGUUUGGACAACAAAGCCCUCAGCAGGUGCUGACGGGUACAACUUCCUGGAGAAGCAGAAAGGCACUGAGAAAACAUCUUGCUCUGUUGCUCAGGCUGGAGCGCAAUGGUGCCAUCGUAGCUUACUGUAACCUUGAACGUCUGUGCUCAAGCAAUCUUCCUGCCUCAGCCUCCUGAGUAGCUGGGACUACAGAGACAGGGUCUUGUUCUAUUGUCCAAGCUGGUCUUGAAUUCCUGACCUCAAGCAAUCCUCCUGCCUCUGCCUCCCAAAGCACUGGGAUUAUUACAGGUAUGAGCCACCGUGCUGGGCCAUCAUGCUUACUCUUCGGAGGGAGAAGUGAAGUAUCUGAACGCCUCAGCCUGAGAAUGGGUCAUUUGCAAAGUAAAUAAAGCCAAAGCCAAAUGUCAGCACAACAAGCAAUUGAACAGAAUGACUGCAAACUGCUAAUGAAGGAGAAGGCAAGGUGCGGUUAGGAUGAACUGUAGAAGGACCCAUCCCCUAGAGCUCAUUGAGCAUCCACCCUGCUGUCCGGCCGUCCUCUCCAUAGAAAAACUACUGCUCUUUGUUAUUUUUCCAAAGCGUGCAUCUUGACGAGCACAUUGAGCCCAGGUGGCAUCUUUGCGGCUGCUCUGGCGAUGUACGCAGCUGUAUUUUUAGAGCACUCGGGGGGCUCGAUGGUCUUUGCCAACUUGAGGAAAUAGGUCACUGUAUUGCAGCAGAUCCUUGGUCAUGGGGCUGGGUUGGUCAUUGCCACUAUUUUAUGGGAUGGGGAAUUUGGAAGAUUAUGAAGUGUCAGCUGGUUGCCCUUGGACAUGCAGUGAGAGGGAGGAUUCUGUUUUGCUGGAAUUUAUAGUUUUUCUUUCUUUCUUUCUUUUUUUUUUUUUUUGAGACAGAGUCUCGCUCUGUCGCCCAGGCUGGAGUGUGCAGUGGCUCGAUCUCGGCUCACUGCAAGCUCCGCUUCCCGGGUUCACGCCUUUCUCCUGUCUCAGCCUCCCCAGUAGCUGGGACUACAGGCGCCUGCCACGACGCCCGGCUAAUUUUUUUGUAUUUUUAGUAGAGACGGGGUUUCAUCGUGUUAGCCAGGAUGGUCUCGAUCUCCUGACCUCGCAAUCCGCCCGCCUCGGCCUCCCAAAGUGCUGGGAUUACAUAAGAGACCAUGAGGCAGGGGCGCAGUGGCUCAUACCUGUAAUCCCAGCGCUUUCGGAGGCUGAGUAGGAAGGAUCACUUGAUGCCAGGAGUUCGAGACCAGCCUGGGUAACAUAGUGAGACCCUCAUUUCUACAAAAUAUAAAAAUAUUAGCCAGGCAUGGUGGUGCAUGCCUAUAAUUUCAGCACUUUGGGAGGCUGAGGCAGGAGGAUCGCUUGACCCCAGGAGUUGGAGGAUGCAGUGAGCUAUGAUUGCUUCACUGUACCACAGUCUGGGUGACAGAGAAUGACUAUAUCAAAAAAAAAAAAAAAAAGAUCUGGUGGUACAGUUGCCCACCCCACCUCAUAUCACUGGAGUUUCUUGCUUGGCCCCACAUUCUCUCCAUAGUCUGACCAGAGAAGAGCCUUUGGGGUAUUUUUUUUUUUUUUAAGAUGGAGUCUCACUCUGUCACCCAGGAUGGAGUGGAGUGGGAUCUUGGCUCACUGCAACCUCUGCCUCCUGGGUUCAAGUGAUCCUCCCACCUCAGCCUCCUGAGUAGCUGGGACUAUAGGCGUGUGCCACAACACCUGGCUAAUUUUUGUAUUUCACUAUGUUGGCCAGGCUGGUCUUGAACUCCUGACCACAGGUGAUCCUCCUGCUUCGGCCUCCCAAAAUGCUGGAAUCACAGGCAUAAGCCACCGUGCCUGGCCUGGGGUGUCUUUAUCCUAGACUUUCCCACUUUCUUGUAUCCUUGUUUCCUAUCCACGUGGGUCUCCUUGGCUCUGGCGUCUCCUUAGUCCUGCCACUUCUAAUACCUGAUGUGUUCCUCCCUGGAGGUAGCAUGACUUAGCAGAAAGAGCACAGCCUUUAGAGCGAGGCACACUAGGUUUGAAACCUAGCUCCCCAUUUACCAGCUGUGUGACCCUGGGAAAGUCACUUAACCUCUCUGAGCUUCCAGUCCUCAUUUGUAAAAUUGGGAACAAGAGUACAUAGGGGCUGGGCGCGGUGGCUCACGCCUGUAAUCCUAGCACUUUGGGAGGCUGAGGUGGGCAGAUCACCUGAGGUCAGGAGUUUGUGACCAGCCUGGCCAACAUGACAAAACCCCUCUUUAGUAAAAAUACAAUAAUUAGCUGGGUGUGGUGGCAGGAGCCUGUAAUCCCAGCUACUUGGGGGACUGAGGCAGGAGAAUUGCCUGAAUGUGGGAGGCAGAAGUUGCAGUGAGCCGAGAUCACAGCACGACACUCCAGCCUGGGCGACAGAGUGAGACUCUGUCUCAAAAAAAAAAAAAAAAGGGGGUGCAUUGGGAUUGUUGUGAGGAUUCAAUGGGACAGUGUAUGCAAACCACCUAAUACAAGGCACAUAGUAGGAGCUUAUUAUGGUGAUGGGGUGGCAUUGGCCACAGGGCCUUGGGCUCAGCCUGUCCCUCUGUCCCUCUGAUCUGGAUGGGUGGGUAUCCAGGGAAGUACCCCUACUUGAUAGGCCUCAAGCCCUCCCUCCUUGUGUCCAGAUCCUUUGAGCACCUACCUCCACGUCCCGCCCCUCUGCUCUCUCUCCCUGGCAUGAUCCUGGCCUUCCAGUCACAUCCCAAAACCACUUUGCCUGGUUUCCUUUGGGAAGCAAAGCCUGUCUGGGGCCCUCCAUAGACAGAGAAGCUGUGAAGGAGAUAAAUGCUGAAGAAGGGGUGAGGAGACAGACUCAGGGGCCAAUCAAAGUCAGGAAACAGGCUGGGUGUGGUGGCUCAUGCCUGUAAUCCCAGCACUUUGGGAGGCUGAGCCGCGGAUGACCUGAGUUCAGGAGUUCGAGACCAGCCUGGCCAACAUGGGGAAACCUCAUCUCCACUAAAAAUACAAAAAUUAACCGAGCAUGGUGGUGCAUGCCUGUAAUCCCAGAUACUCGGAAGGCUGAGACAGGAGAAUCGCUUGAACCCAGUGAGCCGAGAUCGCUUCACUGCAGUCCAGCCUGGGUGACAGAGCGAGACUCCAUCUCAAAAAAAAAAAAAAAAAAAAAAAGGCUGGGUGUGGUGGCUCACGCCUGUAAUCUCAGCACUUUGGGAGACCAAGGCAGGUGGAUCACUUGAGGCCAGGAGUUUGAGACCAGCUUGGCCAACAUGGUGAAACCCCGUCUCUACUAAAAAUACAAAAAAUAGCCGGGCAUGAUGGACUAUGCCUGUAGUCCCAGCUACUCGGGUGGUUGAGGCACAAGAAUUGUUUAAACCCAGGAAGUGGAGGUUGCAGUGAGCCGAAAUUGAGCCACUGCACUCCAGCCUGGGCAACAGAGCGAGACUCUGUCUCAAAAAAAAAAAAAAAAAAAAAUAUAUAUAUAUAUAUAUAUAUACACACACACAAAAUUAUAUAUAUAUGUGUGUGUGUCUAUCUAUCUAUCAUCUAUCUAUCUAUCUAUCUAUCUAUCUAUCUAUCUAUCUAUAUACAUAUACACAAAAUUAAGCCUACAAAUAUCUCUAAUCCUAGCCCUGGUUUUAGCCCUACCCUUAUCCCUAACCCUAAGACUUAUCCUGCUCAUAACCCUAAACCUAGCCUGAAUCCUAGCCGUAGCCAUCACUUAACCCUAACCUAACUCUAGUCCUAUCCCUAACCCUACCCCUAAAUCAAAUCCUAAUCCUAAAAACAGCCCUAGCUUCAAUCCUAACUCUACCAUAAGCCCUACUCUAGCCCUAAACCUAAUGCUAAAUCUAAGUGAGGUUUGCAAAAUGAACCCGGUGAAGCUGAUACUAAACUUUCCUCUUUUAUUCUGUUGCACUCAGGCCAAAUGAGUCUGGAGGAGUUGGGAAAAAAACGGGGCAGGGAGGGAAAUCUUAGCUUCCUACUGCAGAGGCGACUUUCAGCAUAAAUCGUCGCCUUCCACAAGAAAGCCAACAUGUUUCCAACAAGGAAUCUAAAUGGAAUCUUUCCUGAGUUAAGAGUGCACAGGGCUGUUACCAGCACCCACUCUCACAACAGACACCAGAAUCACAAAUGUCAGGGCUGGAAGAGGCUGUCGGGCAGCCCUUGAGGGGAUGAGAGACUGAGUACCAUGAAGAGCUAGUGACUUGCCUGAGGUCCCUAAAGGAAAUCGAAUUCCAUCCUGCACCUCCUCCAAUAAUACUGGCUUCCAGGCCAGGCGCGGUGGCUCAUGCCUGUAAUCCCAGCACUUUGGGAGGCUGAGGCAGGCAGAUCACGAGGUCAGGAGUUCGAGACCAGCCUGGCCAACAUGGUGAAACCUUAUCUCUACUAAAAAUACAAAAAUUAGCCGGGUGUGGUGGCACGUGCCUAUAAUCCCAGCUACUCGGGAGGCUGAGGCAGGAGAAUCACUUGAACCCGGGAGGCGGAAGUUGCAGUGAACUGAGAUCGAGCCACUGCAUUGCAGCCUGAGUAAUAGAAUGAUGACUCUCUCAAAAGAAAAAAAAAAAGCAAAAAACCGGCUUCCAGCAUUUGUCAAAUGGCAUGAUCAGGUCAAAUAUUAGUUCAGGCCAUCUCCAGGGUCUCUUGUUUGUUUGUUUUGAGACAGGGUCUCACACUGUCAUGCAGACUGGAGUGCAGUGGCAUGAUCAUAGCUAACUGUGGCCUCCAACUCCUGGGCUCAAGUGAUCUUCCCACCUCAGUCACCCGAGUAGCUAAGCCUACAGGCAUGCACCACCAUGUCCGGCUAAUUUUAUUUUUUUGUAGGGGUGGGGUCUUGCUAUGUUGCCUAGGCUGAUCUUGAAUUCCUGGGAUCAAGGAAUCCUUCUGCUUUGGUCUCCCAAAGUGCUGGGAUUACAGGUGUGAGCCACUGUGCCUGGCCAAAGGGGUGCAUUUUGUGUGUUUAUUUUUAUUUUUAUUUUUUGAGACAGAGUUUCACUCUGUCGCCCAGUCUGGAGUGCAGUGGCACGAUCUCAGCUCACUACAGCCUCUCCCUCCCGGGUUCAAGCGAUUCUGCCACCUCAGCCUCCAGAAUAGCUGGGACUACAGGUGCCCACCACCACGCCUGGCUAAUUUUUGUAUUUUUAGUAGAGAUGGGGUUUCACCAUGUUGACCGGGCUGUUCUUGAACACCUGAACUCAGGUGAUCAGCCUGCCUCGGCCUUCCAAAGUGCUGGGAUUACAGGUGUGAACCAGUGCGCUCAGCCAGGGGUGCAUUUUUGAGUAGUAAAUGUGGGGAACACGGCUAUAGCACAUAAACCCCAGCAACCAUGCGGCUGCCACCAGGUUUGAGGGGACGCUGGUGGCCCCCUUCCACUGGGCAUCUUGCUCCUUCCACCCUGUAAUGUGAUGUUCCUUGAAGUGUGCUUCAAAUUCCUUAGCUAUAACGUUUUAUUUCAGAAUAAAAAUAAAUAACCAGGUCUGGAAAAGAAAACCGAUGGCAAGCCUUGCUGUGCGAGAGGAAUUUUUUUUGUUUUUGUUUUUUUACAGGUGACAAUUCCCAGUUAAACAUUUUCACACAGUCAAGGAGGGGGACAGCUUGGGCUCACAACAAUGCAGCUAGAAAAUCGGCCGGGCAUGAUGGCUCAUGCCUGUAAUGCCAGCACUUUGGGAGGCCGAGGCAGGCAGAUCACAUGAGGUCAGGAGUUUCAGAUUAGCCUGGCCAACAUGGUGAAAAGUCAUCUCUACUAAAAAUACAAAAAUUGGCCAGGUGUGGUGGUGGGCACCUGUAAUCCCAGCUACUCAGGAGGCUGAGGCAGGAGAAUUGCUUGAACCUGGGAGGUGGAGUUUGCAGUGAGCUGAGAUCACACUACUACACUUCAGCCUGGAAAACAGAGUGACACUCUGUCUCAAAAAUAAAAUAAAAUAAAAUAAUGGACUGGAAAAUCACUCAUGGGCCAAGCAGAUUGCUUGAUGGCUUGCCCAAGAGAUAUUUGAAAAUAUUAAGAGAAAUAGGAAUUAUGGAUCACGAUGGGCCCUUCAAAGAGGAGAAGAACGAUGCAUCGUCAGCUUCUGCAGAAGAUGAAUGACAGAGAAAAGAUAGAUGCGCUUAGGCCGGGCGCCGUGGCUCACGCCUGUAAUCCCAGCACUUUGGGAGGCUGAGGUGGGUAGAUCACGAGGUCAGGAGAUCGAGACCAUCUUGGCUAACAUGGUGAAACCCUGUCUUUACUAAAAUACAAAAAUUAUUAUAUUUUUGUAGAAAUGUGGUGGCAGAUGUCUGUAAUCCCAGCUACUUGGGAGGCUGAAGCAGGGGAAUCACUUGAAUCUGGGAGGUGGAGGUUGCUGUGAGCCAAGAUCACACCACUGCACUCCAGCCUGGCAACAGAGCAAGACUCUGUCUCAAAAAAAAAAAAAAAAAAAAAAAAAGAAUAAAGAAAAAAGAAAAGAUAGUGGCUCACGCCUGUAAUCCCAGCACUUUGGGAGGCCGAGGUGGGCAGAUCACGAGGUCAGGAGAUCGAGACCAUCCUGGCUAACACGGUGAAACCCUGUCUCUACUAAAAAUACAAAAUAUUAGCCGGGUGUGGUGGCGGGCGCCUGUAGUCCCAGCUACUGGGGAGGCUGAGGCAGGAGAAUGGCGUGAACCUGGGAGGCGGAGCUUGCAGUGAUCCGAGAUUGCACCGCUGCACUCCACCCUGGGCAACAGAGUGAAACUCCGCCUAAAAAAAAAAAAAGAUAGAUACGCUGUUUUUUUCUUUUUUUUUCCACACUAGAGUUUUAUACUCUUCUCACAUAGUUUUGUUCUUUUCAGUAAAAGUAAUUCAUUAAAUCUAAACCUAGCUGUGAUGGUUUCUUGUUUCUUUGCAGGAUGUAUUUUGUUUUGCUUGUUAAACAAGUAACUCUACAAAUCGGAAAAUGUGCCUUGUCAGUAUACCCCAGGUAUGGAGUUUUCGUUGAUCAAAUAUGGUCCCUGGAGGUCUGUUUAGGGACCAGGCAGGGUUUUUUUUCUAGCACUUUGUAGGAGCAAAGAACCAAGGCCAGGGCUGGGCGCGGUGGCUCACACUUGUAAUCCCAACACUUCAAUGGGAAGACCACUUGAAGCCAGGAGUUUGAGACCAGCCUGGACAACAUAGCAAGACCUCAUCUCUACAAAGAAAUUAAAAAUAAUUUGUCAGGGCCAGGUGCAGUGGCUCACGCCUGUAAUCCCAGUACUUUGGGAGGCAGAAGCAGGUGGAUCACCCGAGGUCAGGAGUUCGAGACCAGCCUGGCUAACAUGGCGAAACCUCUACUAAAAAUACAAAAAAUUAGCUGGGCCUAGUGGCACAUGCCUGUAAUCCCAGCUACUUGGGAGGCUGAGGCAGGAGAAUUGCUCGAACCCUGGAGGCAGAGGUUGCAGUGAGUUGAGAUUGCGCCACUGCACUCCAGCCUGGGGGAAAGAGCAAGAUUUGGUCUCAAAAAAAAAAAAAAAAAAAUUAGGCAUAGUGGGGCGCACCUGUAGUCCCAGAUGCUUGGGAGGCCGAGGUGGGAGGACUGCUUGAGUCUAGGAGUUUGAGGCUGCAGUAAGCCAUGAUCACACCACUGCACUCCAGCCUGGGUGACAGAGCAAGACCCUGUCUCAAAAAACAAAAACAAACCACUAGGACUAGAGCUUUCAUGAAAUGGCCUCAUCGUCUAGGGUGCCAUCUGAAGUUCUCUGUCUCACGGCUGAAGAAAUCAAGGGCAUGAACUCUCCCAGGUGAGGUUAGAGCAGGAGUUUAAUAAAUGAAAGAGAGAGAGAUAGUUAUCUGCCGCAGAGAGGGGUCCUGAAAAAGGGUUGCUGUUUCUUCUUUUUUUUUUUUUUUUUUUUUGAGACAGAGUCUCACUCUGUCGCCCAGGCUGGAGUGCAGUGGUGUGAACUCAGCUCACUGCAAGCUCCACCUCCCGGGUUCACGCCAUUCUCCUGCCUCAGCCUCCCGAGUAGCUGGGACUACAGGCGCCCACCACCACGCCCGGGUGAUUCAUUUUGUAUUUUUUUAGUAGAGAUGUGGUUUCACUGGGUUAGCCAGGAUAGUCUCGAUCUCCUGACCUUGUGGUCCGCCUGCCUCGGCCUUCCAAAGUGCUGGAAUUACAGGUGUGAGCCACCGCGCCCGGCCAAGGGUUGAUGUUGCACAGGUGAAUACAGAGGCUUUUUAAAGAAAUUGAUGAGAGGUAGGUGUCUCAUUUGCAUAAGGUGUGAAUUUCUGGUCCCCGUCCUCCUAGUGUGCAUGCGGGCCCUCAGCUUGAGUUACUCCAUAUUGCUUUGUUCCCCAUACUGCGCAUGUGUCAGGGAAUUGAAUUUUCCAUUGCAGGUAUGUCUGGGCAAGUCUCUUGUGUGGACUUUUUUCUUUUUUUUUGAGACAGGGUCUCACUCUGUCUCCUAGACUGGAGUGCAGUGGUGAGAUCUCUGCUUGCUGCAACCUCUGCCUCCCAGGUUCAAGUGAUUCUCCUGCCUCAGGCUCCCGAAUAGCUGGGAUUACUGGCGCAUGCCACUACCCCUGGCUAAUUUUGUAUUUUUAGUAGAGAUGGGGUUUCACCAUGUUGGCCAGGCUAGUUUUGAACUCCUGACCUCAGGUGAUCCACCUGCCUCAGCAUCCCAAGGUGCUGGGUCUAUGCAGCUAUAGGCACGUCUUAGGCAAGCCCCCUUGUGCAAGUUCCUUUGUCUGUGCCUGCAGGCUGUUCUUUCGUUUGAAAGAACUCAACUGAGGACCCAUCCUAACUGCCUGCCUGACUGGUUUCUUCCUUCCUCCUUUCUCACUGGCUUGGACUAGGCUUUGGAGAAGGAGACCAUGGGGAGAAAGGUCAGGGGAUUCUGUAACUGCCCAGUGGGUUCACCUUGCAUGCUGUCUAGACAGGGCCAAUUUUUCAUGACAGGGGAAUUGCAAUAGAGAAGGAGUAAUUCAUGCAGAGCUGGCUGUGUGGGAGACUGGAGUUCUAUUAUUACUCAAAGCAGUCCCCUGGAGCAUUCGGGGAGCAGAGUUUUUGUUUGUUUGUUUUUGUUUUGUUUUUUUUUUGAGACGGAGUCUCACUCUGUCAGGCUGGAGUGCAGUGUCACGAUCUCAGCUCACUGCAACCUCCGCCUCUCAGGUUCAAGCGAUUCUCCUGCCUCAGCCUCCUGAGUAGCUGGGAUUACAUGCCUGUGCCACCACACUCGGCUAAUUUUUGUAUUUUUAGUAGAGACGAGGUUUCACCAUGUUGGCCAGGAUGGUCUCAAUCUCUUGACCUCGUGAUCCACCUGCCUCGGCCUCCCAGAGUGCCAGGAUUAUGGGAUUACAGGCAUGAGCCACCACGCCUGGCCAAGGAGAGCAGAGUUUUUAAGGACUACUUGGUGUGUGAGUGGAGCCAGUGACCCGGGAGUGCUGAUUUGUCAGAGAUAAAAUCGUAGUGGGUACAUGCUGUCUUCUUGCACUGAGUCAGUUCCUGGGUGGGAGAAGCCACAAGAUUAGAUGAGCCAGUUUAUCAGUCUGGGUGGUGCCAGCUGCUCUAUCAAAUGCAGGGUCUGCAAAAUAUCUCAAGCACUGGUCUUAGGAGCAGUUUAGGGAGGGUCAGAAUCUUGUAGCCUCCAGCUGCAUGACUCCUAAAACCGUAAUUUCUAAUCUUGUGGCUAAUGUUAGUCCUACAAAGGCAAUCUAGUCGCUUUUGUUUAAACUAUAAACUAAAUUUCUCCCAAAGUUAGUUCAGCCUAUGCCCAGGAAUGAACGAGGACAGCUUGGAGGUUAGAAACAAGAUGGAGUCAGUGAAGUUAGAUCUCUUUCACUGUCUCAGUCAUAAUUUUGCAAAGGUGGUUUCAGUUGCUGGGAGGGCAAGGGCUUGUCCCUGAUGCUGGUCUGGAGUAGGAGAGGUUGGGGAUGGGAGUGAGACUCCCCCAUGCAAUACAGUUCAGUUCAAUUCAUAAAAUGUUUAUUGGGCACCCACUAUGUGCCAAGCCCCAUGCUAAGCUCUGACACUCAUGGCAAAGUGCUUCCCCUCAUGGCCUCACUCUGCCCAUUCUACUUGCCUUCUGUGAAGGCCCCAGCCCCUCUCUUUCCCCUGUGGGCCCCUCUCUGGUCCUGGGGUCCUGGAUUGGACCCUCACCAAGGUAAUAUCCCCCACUGACCUCUUCCUCUCUUAGCGGCAGAACUUGGUACAAAGUAGUUGCUCAGUAAAAGUUCUCAGGCUUGAAUUAAAUGGAAUGCACUAGGAUCUGGUAGAUGUUCAUCUAGGAGACCGAGGCUGGGGUAAUGGAAGGAAAGCUAUUACCACAAUCUAUGGGAAAAGUAAUGAAACAUGCUGUUAUCUCAGUAGAUAGGACGAGGCUUUUGAUAAAAUUCAGUAGUGAUUCUCCCCAAGUCUAACUCUUAUUUAUUGUACAAACAAAUCAUAGUGAUAAUAAGAUAAACAAAGACUGCCUGCAAUUCUACCUCCCAAAUGCAGAAGCUGUCUUCAUUUUAUUCUAUCUUUCUUUCCUGUUCUCAUUCAUGGCAUAAUUUUUACAUAAUUAUAUCAUUUUGUUGUCUGCCCGAAAGAAUCAGAAGUGUUUUUUUUUUUUUUUGGAUUGAUCCAUUAUCUUCAUAAUUAUAGCCCCUAGUGGCUAUAGUUUUCCACAGCAGUGGUUGUACUAUAAGUGACUUAAAUUUUUCUUAUUGUUGGCAGUAUGGGCUCUUCCCAUGUCUUCCUUUUGAUGAUCAAAAUAAUAAAAUUGUCUUUUAUAGUCAGUUACAACACAGUUGUGUAAAUACCUUUUGUUCAAUCUUUCCUAAAGCUUGCAAGGUGAAUGUACUUCACUAUUACAGGCAAUUACAGGGUGGAAAUGAAGAAGCCAUAAGGUGACAAGGGAAGGAUCGGGAGACAACCGGAAUUUGAGCGCAUUCUUUUUUUGAAAUGAAACUUUUUACUCUUGUCAGAGGCAUUCAAACCAGAGUGACUCCAUUUUGAAUAGGGGCUGGGUGAAAUAAGGCUGAGACCUGCUGGGCUGCAUUCCCAGGUUAGGUAUUCUUAGUCACAGGAUGAGAUAAGAGGUCAGCACAAGACACAGGUCACAAAGACCUUGCUGAUAAAACAGGAUGCGGUAAAGCCAGCCAAAAGUCACCAAAACCAACAUGGCGAUGAGAGUGACCUCUGGUUGUCCUCACUGCUCAUUAUAUGCUAAUUAUUGAUACAGGAGCUAGAAAGGAAUUAUUUAGGCAGAUAGUGAGGGUAAGAGAGUCUUCAGUAAGGUUACCUUUUAAUAAAAAGCAGCCCCCAAAUCAUUUCUUUUCUAACAGAAAGCAGCCUGAAAAAUCAAGCUGCAAACAUAGAUAAACAAGCUAAAAGCUUGCAUAGGUAAAUGCUGACAGCUGUGCCAAUAGAAAAGGGAUACCUGGAAGCCAGGUAUAUUCAACAUGGAAGUUCCCUCUUCCCUUUUCUUUGUCGCCACGUGUGCAGUAAAAAAGCAGGCAACAUGGAGACGGCCAGGUAGAGACUCCAUUUGCAUAAUAAAAGAUUAGGGUGGGGUUGGGCACGGUGGCUCACACCUGUAAUCCCAGUACUUUGGGAGGCCGAGGCAGGCGGAUCACCUGAGGUCAGGAGUUUGAGACCAGCCUGGCCAACAUGGUGAAACCCUCUCUCUACUAAAAAUACAAAAAUUAGCUGAGUGGUAGUGGCCCACGCCUGUAAUCCUAGCUACUCAGGAGGCUGAGGCAAGAGAAUCGCUUGAGCUUGGGAGGCAGAGGUUGUGGUUAGCUGAGAUUGCGACACUGCACUCCAGUCUGGGCGACAGAGUGAGACCCUGUCUCAAAAAAAAAAAAAAAAAAAGAAA